GAAGAAUUGUCUUCGAAGCGAUUGUUGGGUCACAAAUUAGGUUAGGUAGAUGUUCGUUUACGUGAAAAAAGAACUUCAUGGUUGGAUUGUUUUUGGACAGACUUGUUUUAACCAAGAGACCCACGGAUAAUUUACUGGUAUCAAAGUGAGAUGACAAAGAAAUUGUGCAUAAGCAGGAAAAAGUCGAAGAUUAUGGUUUGUUUCUGUCUGGGUGUAGGCAUCCUAUUAAUGACCAUAUCGCUGCGAGAUUUCAUCAACACCCAUGGCAACCGCAUCCGUAUGACGACCGGUCGAUUCGCAGAUAAUCUCAAGUAUGGCCGAUCAGAAAGUCGACUCCCUAUGCCAAGCGACGAGUUCUUGCAAACAAUGCGAAAUAUUUCACGUAGCAAAAUGUCUCCAAUAAACAAAGCCUUGGCUAACUGGACGGGCCCAGUUACCCACGUAGGGUUCCUUAAAGUUCACAAAGCAGCCAGUACUACGAUGCAGUCCAUAUUCCUUCGGUUUGGUUGGAGUCGAACGCUGCUGUUUGUGUUGCCACCAGAAUUCAAUCGGUUUGGUUAUCCUAAUAUAAUCAGCUUGAACGAGUCCGUCACCCCCUACAACACCAUUCCGCCUUUACCGGGCUUUCACUUUGAUAUAUUGUGCCAUCAUGUCAUGUUCGGACACCAGCAAUGGGCCACCGUUUUACCAAGAACAUCAGUGUAUAUUGGUACCAUUCGAGAACCAUUCAGCCAUUUCAAAUCCGUUCUUAACUAUUUCCAACCAAAGGCAAUAAUACGACUUGAAGCCAUAUCGGGCGACCCAGUAAUGGAGUUCUUGAAGAACCCGUUAAUGUAUGAUACUAGAUACACACGUUUUUCUUUCCUAAACAAUCGACAAUCUCUAGAAUAUGGUGUCCCCCCGGAAAUUAUUGAAAAACGCAACUUUAACGCUUUCUACGAUUACAUUAUAAACGUUUUGGAUAUGCAAUUUGCUUUAGUCAUACCGGCGUCAAAGAUGGAUGAAGGCUUAGUUCUAAUGAAGCGGAAGCUCAGCUGGGGUUUGAAAGAAAUAUUCUACUCGGCAAAGAACGUUCGAAGCGGUCGUAAAGUGGACCGCUUCCCACCUUUAACUGAGGCACAUGCGUCUCUUCACAGACGUUUUGCGACAUUCGAUUAUCUGUUAUACGAAUUCUUUGAAUUUAAGUUUAAUAAACUCGUUGAAAUGGAAGGCGUUUCAUUUAACGAUGAUGUGCGGUAUUUCAAAGAUAUUCGUUUAAAAGUGGAAAAAUUUUGUCACUUCGGUGUGUUGACUCAAAAUUCUCUAGCUGUAAAGGAAAGCACAUUAAAUAAAGAAUUCGAAGUCACGAGAGACGACUGUGAGCUCAUGCAUCUUAAUGAAAUACCUUUUACUCAGAUGAUCAGGGAAUUUCAAAUGGGGUCUGCAACAUGGCCGCUAAAACCGAGAAGAUAACAUUCCAUAUUGAAUGCAGAUUGAAAGUCCUUAUAAAAUGUGAUAUUAAAAUGCUUAUGGACCUCUGGAUAAAUUUUGCAAGUAAUAUUACAAUAACAUAUGUUUGUUAGCAACUUGUGUAAUGAGGACUUAAUUAGGUUUACCUUUAAGCAUUUCUGUGUUGUUUUUUUUAUCAAAACAUUUGUUGUUAUUUUUAAAUGUUUUUGUUAUGAAAUCGAUAUUAAACUUCUUAUUCAUUCGAAACAUUGGUAUUUCUUUACUUUUGUUUCGUGUAUUGUAUUUUUUCGUAGUGUAAAACGUAACUUUUUUCGCAUUGUUAUUGAGUGAAAAAAAAUGUUAGUUGUACAAGUGGUUGAAUUCACUACACUUGAU